AUGGAUAUGGAGCUGAACGUUGACCCGUCGGAGCUGCAGUCGCUGGGGGAAUAUGAGUUCGAGAAGAACUUCGAUCAGGCGGCAGCCAGGAAAUGGAUGAUGGAGAACUGGCAUAUAGCUUUAAUUUUUGGUGUUACUUAUUUUAUCCUGAUCUUUGGAAUCCAGAAUUUCAUGAAGGAACGUGAAGCCUUCCACUUGCGUGCACCCCUGGCCCUGUGGUCCUUCAGUCUGUCCAUUUUCAGUGCCAUUGGAGCCUAUCGGGUCUGGAAGCUAAUGGCCUUCCUCCUCCUUACCAAGGGAUUUAAGCAGUCGGUGUGUAGUCAAUCACCCCACAUCCACCCUGUCUCCAAGCUUUGGAUCUAUUUAUUUGUACUGAGCAAACUCCUGGAACUGGGUGACACUGUAUUCAUUGUUCUCCGGAAAAAGAAGCUCAUCUUCCUCCACUGGUACCACCACCUUAUCACGCUGAUUGUAUGCUGGUAUAGCUAUAAGGAUAUGGUGGCUAGUUUCGGCUGGGUUUCAGCCUUGAACUUCAGUGUCCAUGCUAUCAUGUACUUCUACUACGCUGUGACAGCCAUAGGCAUCCAGAUACCCAUAUCCAUCAGGAAGAUAGUCACCAUUACACAGAUGGUGCAGAUGACGGG